CAAUAACGAACCCACAGCGUCCAAAGUCACCAAUGAUCACGUUUACGGACGUGCCUUGCCAUAAACCUCUAACUUAUGAAGCACACAGGCAACAAAGUAUUCACAAACGCUGUAGUGAUUUGAGCACACAAGCCAACAAUGAGACCACACAACCACUGGAAAAUUCCCAAGAUCCGCUUGGUAAUUCUUAUGAAAACAUGUAUCUUCAUCCUUUAAUCCCUCUAUUGUGCUCCGAGAAGGAAGAACUGGAGAAGAGAGGGAAGGAGAUAAUUGAACUAACUGAAGAACUGGCAGCAGUUGAGCUGGAAGAUAACCACCUUAUAAGUUCAGUUGGAGGACACAGUGUUGCAGAUGUGGCACCCCCUCUUGAAAGCUUUGAGCCUCCAUUGUCCAGCCCAGUACCCACUGACCAAUUGGAAGCAGAUGUUUUAUCUGCUGAAAGCUUAGAUGAAUCACAAGACUCUGUUGAUGGAAGCUUAGACAGUGCCGGUCUCCAAAACUGUGUGGACACAAAAGAGCGACUGUUGGAGUCCUCUGUGACAGAGGAGUCAUUAAAACCUGUUGGUAGUGAUGAAAGUGUUGGAAAAGGAGUAGACGAGAAUGGAUCAUGACCAAAUGCCCUCCGUUUCCAAAGAUGUGUCUUGCUUUGUUUAAACAAUGUUGGUUUUAUUUAUUUGAAAAUUCUUUCUAAAGUUGAACUCAUUUUUAUAGUCCAUCGUUAAGACUACUAAACCUAAAACACAAGUUACCCCCGUUACCAGACAUGCAUGUAAACAUUUGGGGAGAUUACCAGUUAAGAAGAUACUGGCUCUAUAUUGCUAUAAACACA